AUGGUGACAUUUAUUGUUCUAGUAGGAAUUGUUGUCAUUGGGCUUAUCUACCAUAAACAACUCAAUGCUUUCAUUCUUCACUACUACACUACCAAACCCUCCACAUCUAUUAUAAACACAAAUGAGAAGUCAUCAUAUGCUAAAGAUACCACAGCUAAUGAAUUACCAAAACCAACCCCGUUAAUGAUCACACCAGACCAAGUCAAGAAUUAUGACGACAGACCAUGGCGACCAUUUCGAUGGCCAUAUCAUCAAACCAUGUCGAUCUUUAAAUUGGAUAUCAAUCAUUGGUUGGAUAUGGAUAAAUAUUAUGUGCAUUAUCUUGAAGAGAAGGAACGGAUUUGGAAGAAGUUUGAUAAGGAAUGUUAUGACUGGUUGCCUGAGAGUUAUGAUGCAUGUUUUGAGUUGAUGGAGACUGUGGUUGAACAUAUGUGUGUUAGAUAUCCUUUCUUGUUUACUGUUUUGAAUGAAGAUGCUGCGGGAGAAGGAGAAGGGGGGAAGAUUGUGAGAAAUGAAGUAACUCUGGAAGUUUUGGAUAUGAGAUUGCCACUUAAGGAACAUCCGUUUGUAUAUAUUUCGAAACUUGCAAAGGAAGAUUUUUAUAUUGUUCAACAGAAUCCUAAAGAUGGUUUACAUUAUCUCGUGGCAGCUGCAGUUCCAUUUCCAGGGGGAUCAUUCGAGGUUGCUCCUAAAUUGGGGAAACCAUUGGAUAUCAUACAUGGGGAAGUUCCUUAUUAUAAAGAAAAAUUACAAAACUCGAUGGAGAAAUGGUUUGGGAAAUUACAAGUUAAUGAACCUGUUGAAAGAGCAAGUUGGAAUAUCACAAUGGAUCAUAAAUUAAAAAUGAGUGAUCUUAAUCAAGAUCCCAAAGUCAAACCCAAUAUCAAAGAAAUCAUGGAAUCUACUGAUCCAACCAAAUUUGGAAUUCGGAUUGAAAGACAAGCAUUGAGAAGAUUGCCAAAGACUAAGGCGAUUAUAUUCUCGAAUCACCCAAUAUACUAUUCACUUGAAGAAAUGAAGGAUGAACCAAUGAUACCUUCAUUAAUUAAGAAAAUCAUGUAUGAAGGUCCUGAGAAAAUAUUGGAAUAUAAGAAAUUCCCAUUUGUGAGGGAUCAUCUUGUAGAAUAUCUUGAUUAUUUGAUUAAGAGACAAAUAGAAUUGGGAAUUAUUAAGGAAGAUACUCCAAUUAAGACUCAACCUAGUUAUCCUUUUGCUCAUUGGGUAAAGACUGAUUUUGAUUUUGUGAAUGGGUGGAAUAAUCCCGGUCUGGCAUAUGAUAAAGGAUAUAAUUUUGCAAAAGAUUUUGACUCUAACAAAUUGGCCGAUAAUGAAUAG